AUGGAUCUGUUGACUGUGCUGGAUGAGUUGGAAAGAGAUGCCAUUGCCGAGUAUGAAUUGAUAGGACCGAUCGCUGACUAUGAUCCCAGGGAGGAGAUGAAAAAACUUCGCGAGCUACUGGAGCCAUUCGCAAAGAAGUGGAGUAUUUUGUUCUUCACAAAGGAGCAGACGAUGAUGCUGGAGGACCACUUCCUGAAGGACCCCUUUCCAUCCCACUUUACCCUGCUGACCCUGGCCUUCCGCCUUGGCCUAAAAGAGAGAGACCUGCGACACGUGCAGCAUUGGUUUUUUGAGCAGCAGUGGAUUAAAUUCCCCUCCUCCAGGCGCUCACGCUCCUUUCCGGGCACAUGGGUCACAUUUCCUUCCGCGGAAGGUGCCGGCUCCUGCAGCCCAAGAAGCCCCGGAAGCUCCUGCGUUCAGUGCCAGGCCCCUGAGAACCUCCCGGAGAGUGCCCUGAAGAGUGAGCCCGGAGCAGCCCUUCCCAAGGGGCCCUGCGUCCUGGGGAAAUCUAAUUUUAUUUUGCACAAAAAAAGUCACAUGGGUGAGAAAAAAUAUGAAUGUAGAGAAUGUGGGAAGGUAUUCAACAACUCCUGCACCUUAAGGAGACAUGUAAGAAGUCACACUGGAGAGAGACCUUAUGAGUGCAGUCAAUGUGGAAAAGCUUUCAGUCAAAAACUAUCUCUUAAGGCUCAUGUGAGAAUUCACAUGAGUUGACCUAGAGAGAGACCCUAUGAGUGUGCCCUUUGGCGCAGCUCUUACCUCAUAGAACACAAGAGAAUACAUGCCGGGGAGACAUUCUAUGGGUGCAGUGACUGUGGGAAAGUCUUCAACCCCAGCUCUCACAAGGUUCACAAACACACACUUGAGGGGCUUUUUUGAUGCAGUGAUGGGAAAGCCAGGGGCCUCUCAUCCCUCAGGAUGCAUAACAGGACUCACCCCAGGGAAAAGGCCUACCAAAGGAAGGAGUGUGGGGGUCUUACCAGUUCCUCUUCCCUGAGGAGACACGUAGGAAUUCACACUUGGGAGAAACCCUACAAAUGUAUCCAAUGUGGGAAAGCUUAGAGCCCUUCACUUACUAUACACAAGAGACUUCAUGAUGAGACAGAAACCCUGUAUGUGCUGAGUCUGUUGUCAUCUUUUUCAUUGUCUAAUGGUGCACUUCAAAACUCAUUAUUUGGUCUUUCUUCUCUAAAAUUAGCAUUUAAGGUUAAAUAUGGCCCUGAAGACACUCCUUUGACUUUAUAA